AUGCACCGCACGCUCCUUGUUACUGCUGCUGGGUCCAAGCGACCACGCACUGCUGCGUCUAGUCUCGCUGCCGCGCGCAGGGCGUUCCAGUCGGCUGCUCAUGUCGAGAACAAGCUGCGACUCCAGGCGAAGGAUGCGGAUGAGGAGGGCGCGGCGUUGCACGACUCGACCAUCUCGAACAAGGAGUACCUCCAGCACUCGAAGAACGAGCGCCCUAUCUGGACCGCCCUGCGAGGUCGUGCCCUCCUGAACGAACCGGCACUGAACAAAGGCGCCGGUUUCACGCCUGAAGAGCGGGACACGUUUGGAUUGACCGGACUCUUGCCACACGAGGUACACUCGCUUGACCAGCAGUGCAAGCGAGCUUAUUCGCAGCUGCAGGAACGGCCGAGCGCACUCGCAAAGUACACCUUCCUCUCCUCCCUCCGCGACCAAAACAUCAUCCUCUUCUACGCCCUCUGCCUCCGCCACCUCAAUGAGCUCCUCCCCGUCAUCUACACUCCCACAGUCGGCGAAGCGAUCCAGAAGUAUUCGACGAUCUGGCGCAGACCAGACGGGCUGUUCCUCUCGUAUGCGCAUCGGCACAAGAUGCGCGAGAUGAUGAUGCAGGCAAAGAGGCCUAAGGAUGUCGACCUCGUCAUCGUCACCGACUCUGAGGGCAUCCUGGGCAUUGGAGAUCAGGGAGUUGGAGGGAUCUUGAUCGCGCAGGGAAAGGCGAACCUCUACACGCUCGGCGCCGGAAUCGACCCCUCGCGCAUCCUCUCGGUCGUGCUCGACGUCGGGACGGACAACUCUGCGCUGCUCAAUGACCCGCUAUACCUCGGUUUGCGGCGGAAGCGCGUCCGUGGAGCCGAGUACGACAAGUUUGUCGACCGGUUUUGCGAGCUGGUGAGGGAGGAGUACCCGCAGGCGUUGCUUCACUUCGAGGACUUUGGCGUCUCGAACGCCUCGAAGAUCCUCACGACGUACCGGAACAAGCAGUCUGUCUUCAACGACGACAUGCAAGGCACGGCAGCAGUCGUCCUCGCCGCGCUCCUCUCGGCCGUCAAGGUCACGAAGAGCGAGCUCAAGGACCAGCGCAUCGUCGUCUUUGGUUUCGGCACGGCUGGGUACGGCAUCGCAGACGGGAUUCGGAACGCGUUGAUGCUCGAGGCGGGGUUGUCGAGCGAGGAGGUUCGGAAGAUCUUCUGGUGUGUCGACCGCCCGGGUCUGCUCACGACCGAGCACUCUCCGACCCUCCGACCAGGCCAAGAGCACUUCAUCCGCGACGCCUCGGAAGUCUCGUCGUGGGAGCGCGACGCCGAAGGACGAAUCAGCUUGCUCGAGGUCGUCAAGCAGGCCAAACCGACGAUUCUCGUUGGGUGCUCGACCAUGUCCGGCGCGUUCGAUGAGGAGGUCGUCCGGGAGAUGGCCAAGCACGUCGAGCGGCCGAUCGUCUUCCCUCUCUCGAACCCGACAAAGCUCGCCGAGGCUGAUCCGGCCGACAUCAACGAGUGGACGAACGGACUUGCGCUUAUGGCGACCGGCUCGCCUUUCCCGCCUGUCAAGACGCCGCGAGGCAAGGAGCACAAGAUUGCCGAGGCCAACAAUGGCCUGCUUUACCCUGGACUCGGUCUCGGUGUCGUCGUCUCUCGCGCCUCGUUCUUGACGGAGAAGAUGAUCACCGCGGGCGUUGCUGCUCUCGCCAGGAUGGCUCCCGCCCUCGACGACCCCGACGAGUCGCUCCUCCCUCCCCUCAGCGACCUCCGUCACGUCUCCGUCAAGGUCGCCACGGCCGUUGCCAAUGCCGCCAAGGAGGAAGGCGUGAGCCAGAUCAAGCGCGACGACCCCUUCUCCGAGGACGAGGUUCGCGCGGCGCAGUGGGACCCUGUCUACCGCCCGCUCGAGCUCGUCGACCGUCACUAG